AUGCGGUGCUCGCCCGCGACAGGAGCCAUCUGGUUGGCCCUCGGUAGGGGGGCCUCGGCGCUGGCCCUGGCUCCAGAGGCGGGUGCCAGCCCACAGCCAGUGUCCCAGCGAGAACACUCCCUCUCGGUGCUCAGGGACCUCGUCGCACCCUCCGCGGCGGCUCUGCUCCCCGGGCGGCACGCAUUCGAGGCGCAGCUCGACCAGGACCUGAAGUCUUUGGCGGCUCCUGUGCCGCCGCCCGAGUUGCCGACUCAGCCAACACAGACCCAGCCACCGCAGCCGGGUGCCGGGGAAGAGCAUCUGGUCGAAUGGGGGGAUUACGGGCCGGCUGAUGAUUUCUGCGCGGGCAGGCCGAUCUAUGACGGGCCCGCCAGGAGUUGGGACGACUGCCGCGACAAGUGCCGGACCCCAUGCAAGUUCUGGAGCUACGAGCCGGGGUCCGUGCAUCACCGGUGCAAGCUCACCAUCAAGUGCGUGGAUGUCGUCGCGGGGGCGUUCUCCGGGGUGGGUCAGGACGCCGCGGAGGAAGUGGAGGACCAGGCUGCUCUGGACAGAGUGCGGGCCUCGUCCACACCAGAGCCCAAGGAGGCGGUCGCGCCCGAGGCCAACGAGACGGAGGUGCAGCCCGCGCCAGAGGCUUCGCGUCAUGCCUGCUCGCCGCAGGGCUCGGCCCGCAAGUUCACCAGUUCUGCAGAGAGCGGCGGCUGGUACGGCAUCGGCAUUGCCCACCACUACGCCGACUGCGCGAACGCCGCGGCGUCCAUGGGCUACAGGAACAUCGUCUGGAACAUCGGCCCGAGGUUCCGCGGUCGUUGCUACGCCUUUGUCGAAGACGUGCCCGAGAUCGCCGAGCGUAGCUGCGAGGACAACGACUGCUGGCUUUUCGGCGCGGCGUGCGGCGAGGCCACUGUCCACUGA